AUGCGAUUCAAGCAGUUGGCUCUAUUGAGUGCCCUUGUGGGGUCUGCCCUUACUCUCACAACACCUUCUCAGUAUGAAGUACACGAGAAACGUAACGGUCCUUUGAGAAGAUGGGUCAAGCUUUCGGAGGUUGACAGUACUGCCACGCUGCCAAUGCGUAUCGGCCUUACCCAAAGAAACAUUCUCAACGGAGAGGGUGAUAGACUUCUCCAUGAGAUCUCUCAUCCUGAUUCUGAGCGCUACGGUCAGAUCUACUCUGCAGACGAGGUCAUCGAGAUCUUCGCUCCAUCUCAAGACACUGUGGAUGCUGUGCGUGAAUGGCUGGUCGAGGCUGGUAUCGCCAAGAAUCGCAUCUCCCAAUCUAUCAACAAGCAGUGGAUGCAGAUGGAUCUCGAUGUCAAAGAGGCUGAGAAACUUCUGAAGACAAAGUACUACAACUAUGAACACAAGAAGACUGGUGCUAAGACCGUUGCUUGUGACGAGUACCAUCUUCCAUCUCACAUCCGUGAGCAUGUCGACUACGUCACUCUCGGUCUCAAGCUCCUUGCUGGUGGUAAAGCCUCCAGUGGUCGGGACUUGAAUGCCCGCAAGCGUGACGAGUCGCUCAGCAGCCUGAACAGCAGCAACCCACUUUCAAUGUGUGACUCUAUGGUCACCCCUGAGUGUAUUGCAACUAUGUACAACAUCACCAAGGCUACAAAGGCUGCCAAGGGUAACGAGCUCGGUAUCUUCGAGGAAGGUGACUACUAUUCCGAAACCGACCUCGUCGAAUUCUUCGCUACGUUCGCACCAAAUAUCCCUCUUCUCACGCAGCCAAUCCUGCGAGGCAUUGACGGUGGUUUCGCUCCUAUGGCUGUUGCAGGUGGCGAGUCCAAUUUGGACUUCCAGAUAUCUUAUCCUAUCAUCUAUCCCCAGAACAGUGUACUCUUCCAAACCGACGACAUAUUCUACGCCUCGGGCCUGGAAGGUGGAGGUGGCUUCCUGAAUACGUUCUUAGACGCUAUUGAUGGAUCUUACUGCAACUACACCGCCUUUGGACUGACCGGCAAUUCCAACAUUGACCCCGUGUAUCCAAACCCCAAUCCCCUCGGCUACCAAGGCAAGCUCCAGUGCGGUGUCUACAAGCCAACCCAUGUCAUCUCCAUCUCCUAUGGCGAGCAAGAGGAUGAUCUACCAACCAACUACCAACAGCGUCAGUGCAGUGAGUUCAUGAAACUCGGUAUGCAAGGAGUAACUACAGUCAUCGCUUCCGGUGAUUCUGGAGUUGCGGCUCGAUCAACUGAUGACGGUAAUGAUGAUGGCUGUCUCGGGAACGGAGAGGUAUUCAAUCCGGAUUUCCCUGCCAGUUGCCCGUACAUCACAGCGGCCGGGUCUACUUAUCUUCCAGCUGGUGCUGACGUGAAGAAGGACGAGGAGAUUUCCACCACCCGCUUCCCAUCCGGCGGUGGCUUUUCAAACAUCUACCCUCAGCCCGCAUACCAAAAGGAUGCUGUCAACACGUACUUGACCCAGCAUACGCCUCCCUACAAGACCUACAGCACCUCUGGCACCAACAACCCGCCAGAGACCGUUACUAACGGUGGCAUCUACAACGUGGCUGGCCGUGGCUACCCAGAUAUCAGCGCCGUUGGUGACAAUGUAGUUAUCAUACUCAAUGGUCUUCCCACUCUGAUUGGCGGUACUUCCGCCUCAGCUCCUGUCUUCGCGGCCGUCGUCAACCGCAUCAAUGAGGAACGUAUUGCUGUUGGCAAGAAUACUGUGGGGUUCAUCAAUCCCGCUCUGUAUGCGCACCCUGAGGUGCUGCACGAUAUAACAAACGGCACCAACCCUGGAUGUAACACGCAGGGAUUCAGUGCGAGCAAGGGCUGGGACCCAGUCAGUGGACUUGGGACUCCCAAUUACCCCGCCAUGUUGAAGUACUUUAUGAGUCUCAAGUAGAUCGUGAUGUCGAUUAAUGAUAUGAUGGUCGUCAUGAUCACCGCAGUUAGAGCUAACGGGGG